AGUGCGGGUAACAGCCGCGCAUACGGCAGAAGCCCGGGCCGAAGCCGGGCAGGAAGCGGGCGAGGGCGGGGUCGCGGCGGCGGCGGCGGCGGCGGCGGCCUUGGCCCCCGGUGGCUUCCUUGGCCUCCCGGCGCCCUUUAGCGAGGAAGGUAACAGGGCCGGACGGGGCCGGGAGCGGCCAGGGUGGGGACGGCUCAGCUUGGCUGGUGGAGGCCCCGAGGGCCUGAGCUGAUGGCGCGACAGACCCUCCCAGGCCCGGUUCCUUGCAGACCUCACAGGUCCCCACGGCACCCCUCAUAGCCUUCCACGAGCCCCCUGGUUUCCUCAGAUCCUCAGGCCUAACCCUGGAGGGGCGCCCAUCACCCCCGUGGGCUCCAGUGCCCACCCGCGGAUACUCACCUGUGUCCAAGCCACCGGGGCUGUCAGUGUAGACCUCGGCGAUCGCCUCCACUGCCUGCCCCGCCCUCAGGCCAGCGGCCCGGCCCCCCUCUGCCUCCCAGUCUCGACAGGGCCCUGCCCUCCUCCGCGCCCCCUCCCACUUCACCUGAUGGGCCACUGGGGCCCUGGCCGGGGUGUGACUGGAGGCUCCGGGAGGGCGGGGCCUCGGGUCUUUCCAGCACCCGGGGGGAGGCAGCAGAGCCCAGUGCUGGAAAGCUGCAGCCAGCUCUGUCCCAGACCUGCCACUUUCUAGCUGUUUGAUCCUGGGCAGGUAACCACAUACCUCUCUGAGCCUCCAUUACCCCUUACAGAAUAGGGAUGCUACUGUUGAGGAUAAUGUAUCGAGUACUUUCCAUGCAUCAGCAUUUUUCAUUCUCAAGCCAGCCCUAGAUGCCAUUAUUAUUAUUACUAUUAUUAUUCCCAUUUUGUGGAUGAGGAAAAUUGAGGUUCAAAGAUGUGAAAGUGACCAGGUCACCCAGCUAGUAAGUACCAAGGACUUGUUGGAUACCAGGAUUGUGUGACUCCUCAACCCACUCCCUUAACUUCUGGGUUCUGCUGCCUCAUAGGAUGGUGGUGAGAAUCAAAAUAGAGGAUGUAUGUGAAUCUCUGAGAACAGUUCUGGGGACACACAGGGGCACUGAUAGCUUUUGGAGACAGAAUUCUGGUCUCUACCCUCUGAGCUUGUCCCAGGAAGCUUUAGACUGGGCCAGGCAGGAGGGGGUUGGUGGUGAUAUCGGGGUGGUGGUCUUUGUCCCCACAGGAUUUGUAAUUCUCAGUACAUCAUUUCUUGCUCCUUAUUCCAGCUUGGGUAGGUAGCUUGGCAUGGGGGGCAGUGCUACCCGCAGAGGGGUCUCUUUGGAGGUUGCUGUGCCCUGCUGGGCUUACCCAGGGCCUUAUCUCACUCAGUGUUACAGGGGCCGGGUGUGUCCCCUUCUGUGGUGGGGAUUCCUUCAAUGGCAACACGCUGGUGCUGAGUCAGACUUGGGGAGUGGGGUGGGAGGGUUAGGAGGGUACAGUCACCUCAGUGCUUGGCUUGUGACUGUGAACCAUCUGGAGGGGACCGUCCUCUGUCAGGUGGCCUUCUGUGAGUCUUGGCUGUGGUUUGGCCCUUUGCUCAUUAAUCCAGUAGACAUCAACUGGGCUCCUUCUGUCCUCCAGGCCUGGGUUUGACCUUGAUGUGGGACUGCAGUGAGGUGGUGGGAACUGGCAGACGUUUAUGAAAGCAGAAGGAGCAUCCCCCUAUCCCUUGGGGUAAACAGCAGGGUGUCUGGGGUAGAUCCUCAAGUUCAGGUUCUGGCCCCAACACGCACCAGCUGGGUGGCCUUGAAUCUCAAGUUGUUUUUCUAGAGAGGGAAUAGUCACUUCUGUUUCCUCAGGGUGCUGGCCGGAUUUGCUGUUGGCCCCAGUAAGAUGCCCAGCACAUAGUAGGGGACUCAGUGAGCCGGAAGUCUCUCCUGCAGGACCUGGGGCAGGCACUGGCUGGUCAGCCCAGAUGGUGAGGGGCUCAGGUGCGGUGGCCCAUGGCCCUGGGGUGUGGAACCCCUCUGGGAAGUCCCACCCUGCGCGUCUUCAUCAGAGUACGGAGGUGCCGCCUGUUUGGAACCAGUGAAGCAGAAGUCAGAAUGAGGAUGAUGUGCACCGAUGUGGCCGCUGCCAGGCGGAGUUCACCGCCUUGGAGGACUUUGUUCAGCACAAGCUCCAGAAGGUCUGCCAGCGGGUGCCCCAGGAGGCCCUGCCUGCCACCAAUGCUACUGCGCUGCUGGGUCAGGAGGUAGCAUCCCCCUACUGCCAUUGCACACAUGCGUGCCCUCCACCCUGCCCCUCGGCGGACAGCAGGAUGAGGAGGUGGAGGUGGAGCCAGCAGCAGCAGGCUCAGAGGAGCCCAUCACCGUGGCCCACAUCGUGGUGGAGGCAGCCACUCUCACGGCAGACAUCAGCCACACUCCUGACAUUGUCGGUGGUGGACACAUCAAAGAGGUCAUCGUGGCCUCUGAGGCGGAGCCGGGGGACAGCGGGAUGGCAGAGGCCCAGGGCAGCCCCAACUGUCAGGGGCCUGGGCUCUCUGGGGAGGGUGAGCAGGCCCAGGUCAAGCUGCUGGUGAACAAGGACGGCCGCUACGUGUGCAUGCUGUGCCACAAGACCUUCAAGACGGGCAGCAUCCUUAAGGCCCACAUGGUCACCCACAGUAGCCGAAAGGACCACGAGUGCAAACUGUGUGGGGCCUCCUUUCGCACCAAAGGCUCACUCAUCCGGCACCACCGGCGGCACACAGAUGAGCGUCCCUAUAAGUGUGCCAAGUGUGGAAAGAGCUUCCGCGAGUCGGGUGCGCUGACCCGGCACCUCAAGUCUCUCACCCCGUGCACAGAAAAAAUCCGCUUCAGCAUGAGCAAAGAUGUGGUUGUUGGCAAAGAGGACACUCCCACAGGGCCUGGUGCCUCCACCGUGGGGACUGUUACAUCAUCGGCAAUGACAGGUGGGCCCAUGGAAACUUCGCCUGUGAUUCACCUGGUGACAGAUGCCAAGGGCACUGUCAUCCACGAAGUCCACGUCCAGAUGCAAGAGCUUCCCCUGGGCAUGAAAGCCCUCACCCCAGAGCCCCCCGGCCCUGAGGAGCUUCCCUGUUCCAGUGAGGGCAGCCGUGAGAACCUGCUGCACCAGGCCAUGCAGAACUCUGGCAUUGUCCUUGAGCGGGUCCCUGGGGAGGAGGGAGCCCUGGAGCCAGCCCCUCCCACUGUGUCCAGUCCCCAGCCCCUGGGAGAUGGUCCCCCAGAACUGCCGCUGCUGGAGGUGGAACAGGUGGAGACACAGGUGGCCAGUGAGGCCUCAGCUGUGCCCAGGACCCACCCGUGCCCUCAGUGCAGUGAGACCUUCCCAACGGCGGCCACCCUGGAGGCCCACAAAAGAGGCCACGCAGGGCCGAGGCCAUUCACAUGCCCGCAGUGUGGCAAGGCCUUCCCCAAGGCCUACCUGCUCAAGAAGCACCAGGAGGUGCACGUGCACGAGCGCCGUUUCCGCUGUGGGGACUGUGGGAAGCUCUACAAGACCAUCGCCCACGUCCGCGGCCACCGGCGUGUCCAUUCAGAUGAGAGGCCCUACCCCUGUCCCGAGUGUGGCAAGUGCUACAAGACCAAGAAUGCCCAGCAGGUGCACUUCCGGACACACCUGGAGGAGAAGCCGCACGUGUGCCCGUUCUGCAGCCGAGGCUUCCGGGAGAAGGGCUCGCUGGUGCGGCACGUGCGGCACCACACGGGCGAGAAGCCCUUCAAGUGCUACAAGUGUGGCCGCGGCUUUGCCGAGCAUGGCACACUCAACCGGCACCUGCGCACCAAAGGGGGCUGCCUGCUGGAGGUAGAGGAGUUGCUGGUGUCCGAGGAGAGCCCUGCAGCAGCCGCCGCCGUCCUCGCCGACGACCCGCACACCGUGUUGGUCGAGUUCUCAUCCGUGGUAGCCGACACCCAGGAGUACAUCAUCGAGGCCACUGCGGAUGAUGCAGAGACCAGCGAAGCCACGGAGAUCAUCGAGGGCACCCAGACAGAGGUGGACAGUCACAUCAUGAAGGUAGUGCAGCAGAUCGUGCACCAGGCCAGCGCCGGGCACCAGAUCAUCGUGCAGAAUGUGACCAUGGACCAGGAGGCAGGGCUGGGCACAGAGGCAGCUGCUGCUGACACCAUCACUAUCGCCACCCCCGAGAGCCUGACGGAGCAGGUGGCCAUGACGCUGGCCUCGGCCAUCAGCGAGGGCACUGUGCUCACAGCCCGCUCGGGUACAAAUGGCGCCGAGCAAGCCACUGUGACCAUGGUUUCAUCAGAGGACAUUGAGAUCCUGGAGCAUGCGGGAGAGCUGGUCAUCGCCUCGCCGGAGGGCCAGCUUGAGGUGCAGACAGUCAUCGUCUAACACGGGCGCCUGCAGGGUCCCGGGGGGCUGGGCUGGGGCAGGGGGUGAGGACCCCGAGUGCCCUGCCCUUGCCUGCCUGGCCGAGUACAGAGAAGAUGGGCAUAGAACUCAGGCGUUCAGAGGAGAUGUGGAAGUGUAAAUACACAGAGUUUUUGGUUGCUUUACAAUAAAACAUGAAAACCC